AGUCCUUCCUUUUCCCUCCUUUGAUUCCCAGAUCAGCAAAUGCGGAUUGUUCCAGUGCUGCUGGCGUUGACUGCAGUGUUGGCGCUGACGUCGCUCUCCCGUGCGGCCCCUCGCGUCCCUGGCAAGACGCUUGUUCUGCUCGAGAACUACAGCUUGCGCCAGACGCACUCGACCUUCUUCCGUCAGCUGCAAGAGCAAGAUUUCACCCUCUCGUUUGCGCUGGCCGACGAGAAGAAGCUCUCUCUGAGCAGCUACGGCGACCGCAUCUACGACAACUUGAUCAUCUUCGCCCCGUCUGCGGAGGAGUUUGGCGGAUCGCUCACUGUGCGCUCCAUUCUCGACUUUGUCGACCACGGUGGCAACGUCAUUGUUGCAGGCAGCUCGAGCAUUGGCGAGCCCAUCCGCGAGUUUGGCAGCGAGUGCGGCUUUGAGUUUGACGAGGAGAGCGCGGCCGUCAUUGAUCACAUCAACUUUGACUCCAAGCUCGACAACGGCGAGCACACCACCAUCGUCACCGAUCAGAUCAUCGACAACAAGUUGAUUGCUGGCACCAACAAGGGCCGUGUUCUCUUCCGCGGCGUCGGUCUCGUGCAGGAUCUGUCCAACCCCCUUACCAUCCGCGUCCUGUCGGCUGAAUCCACCGCAUACACUUACUUUACCGACGAGAAGAUCUCGGUCGCUCCUCACGUCGUUGGCAGCAAGACAGUGUUGGUGGGUGCCUUGCAGGCGCGCAACAAUGCUCGCGUUCUGUUCUCUGGCUCGCUCGAUCUCUUCUCGGACGAGUUCUUCAACGCGCAAGUCAAUGUUGCUGGCGCGACUGCCUCGCCAUCUGCCAACCGCGACUUUGCCAUCAGCGCUGCGCUCUGGACCUUCAAGCGCUCUGGUAUUCUCCGUGUGAGCGGCGAACCCAAGCACCAUCUUGCCGGCCAGACAACAGUUCCAGAACUGUACACUGUGUUUGACCAGAUCGAGUACUCGCUUCGUGUGGAGGAGCUCGUCGACCGCAACUGGGUUGGCUACCAGGGCAAUGACAUGCAGCUCGAGUUUGUCAUGCUCAACCCUUACUUGCGCUUGACGCUCAACAACACUGGCGACGGCGUCCAGCACGCCAGCUUCCAGGCUCCCGACGUCUAUGGCGUCUUCCAGUUCCGCGUCGACUACAAGCGCACCGGCUACACUUAUGUGCAAGUGCACAACCAAAUCCCCGUUCGGCCGUUGCAAAACACUCAAUACGAGCGAUUUAUUUUCUCGGCCUUCCCCUAUUAUGCUUCGGCCUUCUCCAUGAUGGGUGGCCUCUUUGUCUUCUCGCUGGUUUUCCUGUACCAUCGCGAAGCCCCUGCUACCAAGAAGAACUAACUGCCAACCCAUUAAGGCAGGGCUGGUGAUGACAACUGUUCGCGAGCCAGGAGGUUGUGACGUAAUUUUUUUUUCCCCCCUCUGCUUUCUGACGUCCUCGCCUCAGUCCCGUGUGCUACUGUUGCACCAGCCUCAUCUAAGUAGUACAAAACAGCUCAUUUUUGUGCAUGUCUCCGUAUGUAUCGUUGUGUGUAUGUGUUUGUGUUUCACAAUAACAAAUUUUUUCCUU